AUGCCGCCAAUAUCCUCAGACACCGCCAAUCAAUCUGGCGUCGUACACCAAAAUACCGGUAUGACCUCUCCUAGCGUGCACCGACCACUUAUGCCCUGCAUUGAUGAGGUUCUCCACCCAAGUGGUAGUCGAAUAAGUGCAGACAUCAAUCAGGCACUCACUCUCUGUGCCUCUAAGGCUGUACUUUCUUCGGGAGUAUUAGUCAAUCGAACGGAAGUUUUAACUAUUCCAAAGGAUAACAUGACUGUUCAUGAGGAACUCAAACAGGAUUGUCCCCUUAGUGGACUGAGAGAUUCCAUCUCCGUGAUUGAGGUCGUUCGGCCGGAGAACGAGAAAGGUUAUGAGACUCAAAUGGAUUUGGCAAGGUUGAAGAAACGAUUUCAUCUACAUAUGAGGGCAUACUACGAGGACGAUCCGUUGAUGAGAGCGAUUGGAUCAACCGUCAUUCAUGAUCCGGAAGAACCCGUUCUGUACACGAAAAAGGAGAGAAGUGAAGAUGUUAAGACAUUAAGUCAUGACAGAAAUACAGAAGAAAACCAAAGUCGAGACUUGGUCCGAACAGGAGGUGAUAAAGGUAAACAAGUUGCCCGAAAGUCCGAAGUACCUGUUUAUCCCGAAGAGUACAACACCCUUUGGAACGAACGGUUAAAAGAGAUGGGCGAAACGACCCAUUCGUUAUCCAGAGGCAGAAUCAUUGAUAAACUGGAAGAUGUCCCUGAAGAUUAUCACUUCGCUGAUCCCCUGAUUGAAACGCUUGCAAAUCACAAGGGUGAUGGAAUUAUCGAAGAUGAAAGAAUUGACGAUCUCGGAUACAUCACUGAAGCUUCGAAUACUUACACUGAUGCAAUCUUAUCGGAUAAUAGGUCAAGUAGACGAGCUGCGCAUCAUCAGAAUAUGCUGAGAAAAAGAUCAUCAAGAAAGUAUGGUGUGUUCACUGAUACAGAAGAUGUCGAAGAAUCGGAUGAAGAGCUCGAUGAAGUGGCAGAUAUUAUCUCGGAGCUUGACAUAAAGUGA